AUGGCAGACACAGGCUUCCGAAUUAGCGGUGGGGCCGUCCGAUUUGGGGCCACGUAUGGGGGCAAUCGGCUUUUCUCAAGUGCCAGGGGUGGUGCCGGGGCAAGUCUGUCUCUAUCCCGCUCUCUGGGCAUGGCAAGGGGGCUUGGUGGAGCCGGGUUGGGCUUGGGUGGAGGUCUCGGUCUGGGGCUUGGAUUGGGAGGAGGAGGAGGUGGAGGAGGCCUGGGACUAGGGCUCGGAUUAGGUGCUGGAGCUGGUGCUGGCGCUGGAGCCGGGUUAGGUUUAGGCGGAGGUGGUUUGGGUAUUGGAGGCGGUAGAGCAGGGCUUAGGGUGGGGGCAGCCCCUCUCCGAGCACGGUUGGGAGGCCGCGUCUUUAAGAUCGGGGGGUAUGGCUUCAACCCAACCUUCCUCAGCAGCACCACCACAGUGGACGCCGGUUCUAGUCCUGUUCCCAGCAUUGACCCCUCGCUGCCUUCUAUGGACACAGUUCAGGUCACCCGCUUAAAGGAGAAAGAGGAACUGCAGGCCCUCAAUGACAAAUUUGCCUCCUUCAUUGAUAAGGCCCGGUCACUGGAACAACACAAUGCUAUCUUGAAAGCCAAGAUCUCCAUGUUCACCAACCCAGAACAGGGUGGUCCAGCCAGCACCUCUAUCCUUCUCACGUCUGCCAUUGGAACCUACAAGUCUCAAAUCGACAGUCUCACCGGCACCAAAGAGGCCAUUAUCGCAGAGAUUGAACACUACAAAGGCAUCAUUGAUGAUGUCCAAGCCAGGUAUGAAGAGGAAUCAGCUCAAACCAAAACUUUAGAGAUGGAUUGGACCACUUUGAAAGAGGAGGUGGAUGGCCUUUACCUUGCCAUUUUUGAGCUGCAGACCAGUAUCGGCGGAUUGGAGGACCAGAUCGCUCUGUCUAAGCAAGUAUAUGAUGCUAAAGUGAAGGAGGUAAGAAACAUUGUGACAGGCAGUGUGAAGUCAGCAGUCUCCAUUUCUGUGGAUAACACAGCUCAAGCCCAGGACCUGACCACAGCCCUGGCAGAAGUCAAAGCCCACUACGAAACUCUGGCCCAACGAAGCAAACAGGACGCUUUCCUCUCUGUCCAAGACAGUCUGUCUAUGAUGUCCGUGUCCUCUCAACCCAGCACACAGGCCCUCACAGCGGCCAAGGAGGAACUGAGGGUCUACAAACUCCAGAUCGAUUCUGUGCAGAGAGAAAUUGACAGACUCAAAUCACUGAAUAUUCAGCUCGAGUCUCAGGUAGAGGAAGCAGAAUCUCACUCCAGCUCUCACACUGAGACGUACCAGGAACAAGUUGUCACUCUCAAGUCUCAGCUCGACGAUCUGAGAAAGCAAAUUGCACACUAUGGCCAAGAGUAUCAGGAGCUGCUGGCCAGUAAAAUGUCUUUGGAUGUUGAAAUUACUGCCUACAAGAAGCUUCUGGACAGUGAGGAGAACAGGCUUAAGGCAGGCGGUGGUGUGACAGUCCACAUGACCAAGACGGCCGUGGGCGGAGGUGGUGGAGGUGGUCUUGCCCUGGGUGCAGGCGGAGGCGGACUGGGAGGUGGUGGAGGUCUCGGCCUUGGGGGUGGAUUUGGCCUUGGUCUCGGCCUGGGUGGCGGUCUAGGCGGAGGCCUUGGUGGUGGACUAGGAGGAGGCCUGGGAGGAGGCCUGGGACUAGGACUGGGCGGAGGAUUCGGCCUUGGAGGAGGUGCUGCUUCCUUUGGCGGUGGAAGCAGCUAUAUGUCAUCUAGCCUGAGCAGCAGUGCAUUGUCCUCCACUGUUUACUGA